AGCGUUUGGACCACAAAGCGAGGCGGUGUUAAAGGGAUCUUGCCGUGUUUGUGUGUCUUUGUGGCUGUCAGAGCGGGAACCAGAGGAGGAACCGCAGAUUAACCCGUCUGUCCGGGGGGUUCUCAACACGAGGGGCUCGGACCUUUCAGGGAUGGUUUUAGGCUCAUUUUGGACAAAGUUGUUCAACUUAAACCCCAGAGUCUGAAAGAGACUGCGGAGAUUAAAUGGAUACUGGAUGUUGUUAAAUCAUUAUGGGUUGUUUUUUACCCAGUGAGGGCAGGUCUGGGGGUUGUUAUACCCGAGGAGGGUAGAUUUGGGGCAGUUUUACUUCGUGAGGACAGGUUUUGAGUUGUUUUUUUCUUGAGAAGGGUAGAUUUGGGGGUAAUUUUCCCCGGGGAGGACAGGUUUGGGGCUACUUUUCCUUGGUUACGGUAGUUUUGGGGGCAGUUUUUCUUGGUAAGGGUAGAUUCGAGGGCAGUUUUCCUUGGUUAGGGUAGUUUCGGGGCAGUUUUACCCGGGGAAGGCAUAUUUGGUGGCAGUUUUCCUUGAUGAGGACAGGUUUGGGGCUACUUUUCCUUGGUUAGGGCAAUUUUCCUUGGUAAGGGAAGUUUUAGGGGCAGUUAUCCUCGGUUAGGGUAGUUUUGGGGGCAGUUUUACCCAGGGAGGGCAGGUUUUAGAAGAGUUUUCCCUGGUGAGGGUAGACUUGGGGGCAGUUUUACCCGGGGAGGGCAGGUUGGGGGCUCCAUGUGAGCUGGGGUUGCCUCGCUGCAUUGGCUGACGAGGUGUUGUGUGGAACCUUCCUGCCUCCUCACGUUGCAGGGGCAGCCCUGUGGGGCUUCCAGCUCCCACCCCUGUACAAACACAACACACACCUCAGGCCCUGCGUGUGUGUGUGUUCUAGGUGUCUGCAGUUCUAAUAAAGGAAAGCUGUGCGUCCUUUGCUGCCUCAUCAGAGCCUCUGCCGUGUUUCGUCCGUCUGGAUCUGAGGAUCACCUGCAGCCUUCGACCCACCUGCUGCUUCUGAAACGUUAUAGGAUGUUUUCCUGCUGGUCUGAGCUGCUGUGAACAGUGUGUGUGUGUGUGUCUGAGUGUGUGUGUGUGUGUGUGUGCAUGGUGUUGUCCACACCGGUGGAAAUGCUGGGGUGUCCAGCCGGGUUAUUUUUGGAUCAGUGACAGCGUGUCAAUGGCUGCAGAUGCGUCGCAAAGGAAGGCUCUGAGAUACCAACAGACCCUGCUCUACGGUGAAUACAGGGAGCAGCUGGGAAACUUCGCCCGACGGGAAGCCGCCCGUCUGCUGACCGAGAGACAAUGGAGGCGACGGGCCGGAGACGACGGCUCGGCUUCAGGACGGAGAGGACGACGACGACAUCAUCAUCAGCAGCAGCAUCAUCACCCAGUUACCCUGGAGACACACCACAGCCACGCCUCCUCCUGCAAGAAGCCCCGCCCCUACUCCAAAUGCCAAGACUGUUUGGCUCGUAUGCGGCGCUACAUCAUUACCAAGAUGGGUGAGGACUGGAUCUUCCUGGUUCUUCUGGGCCUGACGAUGGCACUGGUGAGCUGGACGAUGGACUACGCCAGCGCUAAGAGCCUCCAGGCCUAUAAAUGGAUCCACGGCGAGCUGAAGGGCAACGUGCCGCUGCAGUACCUGGCCUGGGUCACGUAUCCCAUGAUCCUCGUCAUGUUCGCCUCCCUGUUCUGUCACCUGGUUUCCCCUCAGGCCAUCGGUUCUGGUAUCCCUGAGCUGAAGACCAUCCUCAGAGGCGUUGUUCUAAAGGAGUAUCUGACCCUGAAGGCGUUUGUGGCUAAAGUCGUCGGUCUGACGGCCGGUCUGGGCAGCGGGAUGCCGGUUGGAAAAGAGGGGCCGUUCGUCCACAUCGCCAGCAUCUGUGCAGCGGUUCUGAGCCGCUUCAUGUCCAUCUUCUCUGGGGUCUACGAGAACCCCUAUGGGUACACAGAUAUUCUGACGGUGGGCUGUGCUGUGGGGGUGGGCUGCUGCUUCGGGACUCCAUUAGGAGGCGUGUUGUUCAGUAUUGAGGUCACGUCCACCUACUUUGCGGUGAGGAAUUACUGGCGAGGAUAUUUUGCUGCCACGUUCAGCGCCUUCAUAUUCAGGGUUCUGUCUGUUUGGAACAAGGAUGCCGUCACGAUCACAGCUCUGUUCAAAACCAACUUCCGCAUGGAUUUUCCCUUUGACCUGCAGGAGCUGCCAGCAUUCGCCAUAAUAGGGAUCUCCUGCGGCUUCCUGGGAGCGUUCUUCGUCUACUUGAACAGACAGGUGGUUCUGUUCAUGAGGAGGCCGACCGCUCUGACCCGCUUCCUCACCAAACACCGUCUCAUCUAUCCCGGUGCUGUGACUCUCAUCAUCUCCACCUUCACCUUCCCUCCUGGAUUCGGUCAGUUUAUGGCCGGAGAGCUGAUGCCCAGAGAGUGCAUCAACUCGCUGUUUGAUAAUUUCACCUGGACCAAAAUCUCUGGUUCUCCUGCUCCUCCGGGUCUCGGUCGCUCCGCCGUCUGGCUGCAUCCUCAAGUCAGUGUCUUCAUCAUCCUGCUGCUCUUCUUCAUCAUGAAGUUCUGGAUGUCAGCCGUUUCCACGACGAUGCCCAUCCCCUCCGGAGCCUUCAUGCCGGUCUUCAUUCUAGGAGCUGCCUUCGGCCGCCUGGUGGGGGAGAUCAUGGCCACUCUGUUCCCCAACGGGAUCCUGUUUGACGGGAUCGUCUACCGCAUCCUGCCGGGAGGCUACGCUGUGAUUGGAGCGGCAGCCAUGACGGGCGCCGUCACCCACACGGUUUCCACGGCUGUGAUCUGCUUCGAGCUCACCGGUCAGAUCUCCCACAUCCUGCCCAUGAUGGUGGCCGUCAUCCUGGCCAACAUGGUGGCCCAGGGCCUGCAGCCUUCGCUCUACGACUCCAUCAUCCAGGUGAAGAAGCUGCCCUACCUGCCUGAGCUGGCCCUCGGGCACAUCAGCAAGUACAACAUCUUCGUGGAGGACAUCAUGGUGCGCAAAGUGAAGUUCUUGUCUUCUCAGUCCACCUACCGGGAACUGAACCACCUGCUGGAGAACACGACGCUGAAAACCAUCCCGCUGGUCGACUCCAAGGAGUCGAUGAUCCUCCUGGGCUCCAUCGAGCGGACAGAGCUUCAGGCCGUCCUGGACUGGUGGCUUUCAGCCGAGAGACGAGUGUUCGAGAGAGGUCAGAGUUCUCCCACCUCCAAGGUCAGCUGGGAGUCCUUCAGCUUCGUGGAUGAGGAGGGAGGAGACGACAAGACCGUGGCUCCGGUCCAGGAUGAAUGUAACGGACCGGUCCCAUCCCCCAAACCCCUGGAGGUGUCCACCAACCACACGGCUUCAGACAAGAGAAAGCUGCCGUCUGUCAGGAGAACCCUGCAGAGACUCUUCUCCUCCACAUCCUCCUCGGGUCAGACGGAACCUCAGGAGACCACGCCUCCUCCGCUGACGGACUCCAUGUCUCCAGAGGAGAUCAAAGCGUGGGAGGAGGCCGAGCUGGAGAAACCGAUUGAUAUGGAGCAGAUACGUAUCGAUCCGUCACCGUUCCAGCUGGUGGAGAGGACGUCUCUGCAUAAGACCCACACUCUGUUCUCCCUGCUGGGCCUCAGUCACGCCUACGUCACCAGCAUCGGCAAGCUGGUGGGAGUCGUGGCUCUGAAGGAGCUCCAGAAGGCCAUCGAAGGCUCCACUCGUAGCGGGGUGAGGCUCCGUCCUCCCCUCGCCAGCUUCAGAGACGCCAGCAGGAAAACCAAGAAGCACCAGCCUCCCUCCUCCACCCCCUCCUCCCCCACCAGGGACAGAGACCUGUGGGGGGAGGGCGACCUGGUGAGGAAGGAGUCCAGGGAGGAGUCCAGGGGGAGGAUGUCCACCUCUAGGGCGGCUCCGGGGGGAGACGCCGCCGCCCCGUCCUCCCCCGGCAGCGGCGCCACUGACGGGGGUGAAGGCAGCACAGAGGAGGCUGCCUCCCCCUCCACGUCCUCCCCUGCCUCACCCCCUGCGUCCCCCGGCAACCCCGUCCUCACCCUGUCCUCCCUGCAGGAGGAGCGGGAGAGCGAGGAGUCCGAUGAGCCCAUUUAGGAGGGCAGACUCUCAGACGCUCAUCACUCUUAGAACUGGAAGCUUUUUUCUACUCCACAGUCUCACUUUUUUCACUCUUUGAAUCUCAGGUGUCUCCUUCUGAUGUUCACCCACAUCUGGACCUGCUGUAGCCGACCACAUCUGUAGCAGCUGUUCGUCCCGUCAGCGCCUCUGAGAAGCUGAUAGCGGCGGAUUGUAUGUUAGUGAAAAACAACUUAUCGACAAAUCACACGAAGAUCACACUUUUAAAGUUUACUGAUUGAGAUUAAUUUUAAGUUACAUUUAUCGGAUAUUUCCUGUAUGGUAAAUAUUUAAAUCAUUAUUACCAGUUUGUAAUUUUUAAAAAUAAUAAAUGUUAAAAAUUGUCAUCUAA